AUGGAUGAAGGACCACUGAGGCAGAGCAGUCACCUACCCACUUUGAAGACCCUGCCCAUUGAAAGGGCACUGAGAGCCUCCCACUCCUCCUCCUUGAAAAGAAAACUGCUCAUCAAUAAGCUGCAGGCUGAGAAAGCCUUUCAGGAAGAGAUUCAGAGUUUUCAGGAGACAAUGAAGAACUUUUGGGUAAAAAUCCGAGUUUUCAAUAUUGCCAUCCAAGCCUUCUGGGAAGAGGAAAAGCUCAUCUGGGAGGAGAAAACUGCCUUUUGAGAGGAAGAACAGAACUAUAGCGCUUUCUGGAAGGAGGAUAAGGAUUUCUGGAAAGAAGACCAGCUCCCCUUGGAGAAAUAAAGGGUCUUUCUGGAUAAGGACAGAGUCCUGUGGGCAGAAGAAGCUCUGUGGGCAGAUGAAACAGCUCUUCUGGAAGAGGAGAGAGCUCUCCGGGAAGAUGAGAAGGAACUCCGGGAAGAUGAGAAAAACCUCAAGGAGUACGAAAUGUUGAUCUGGGAGCAGGCCUUAG